AGGACUAAAAGAUGGUGAGAAAUAAGAUUCUCUGGUCUGAUGUGACCAAGAUAGAAAUUGUUGGCCUUAAUUCUAAGUGGUAUGUGUGGAGAAAAAAAUCUAAAGGAAAAACAUGUGGUUGUUUUAAACAGAGAAUGUCUCAUUUUCUUUGUUUUAGGUUUAGUUUGACAGUAAACCUCAAGUGCGAGUGGCAAUAAACAGCUUGAAGCCUCCAUUUUGCACAGUUGUUCACUAAUUCGGUCUGUCAAACUCUGCUUGUUGGGAAGUGAGCCAAAACGCAAGUCAAAGUGAAAAAUCUGCCCAAUGCUGGUUCAUAGUUUGAAAAACUUGUACUUUGGGUUACUCCUAUCUCAAGGCACAACUGUAUUGCUCUAUUACAGCGGUAUUGAUUGAUACCAAGGUUGGUGUUGAUAUUAAAUUGUUGAAUCAAAAAUGGCCUUAAGUGCUACUACACAAGGUUAAAUUUAAUUGAGACUUUUAAGGGACACGUCACGAAGGUGGGUGUAAUCAUAACAAUAAUAAUGACAACAUGCUAAUACUGGAAAAACUCCAAUGUUACAUGUCAUUGAAUUUUUGUGAGCAAGAUAACACCACUAAAACAUAAAUGCAUACAUGUGGUUUGUUGGUGUCACCUGUCGCCACACAUAAAUAUGACUAAUAUGUUUAUUGGUUUGAAUUUAACUACUUUGACUUUGCAAACCCACAAAGCCUGUUGAGUCACUCUGCUGAGUGUGCGCGUGCGUGUGUGUGCUUGCGGGGCUAAAAAUCAGCUGUCACUCAAACGCGCACACAAACACACACGUAAUGUAACAACAAUAUGCACUGGUGGUGGCAGGUGCCUCUUAAAGUGGUUUCAACCUGCUGAGCUCGACACACGCAGACGAUUACACACACACACACACACACCUGCAGUCAGUAAAAACUUUCAUUUUGGGUGGGGGACUAGCAGGUGUUUGGGAUACGGCUGCUCACCAAAAAAAAAAAGAAAGAAAAAAAAAAAAAAAAAAAGCCCACUUCUUCUUUUUCAUGGUCGAAAAUGUUUGUCCUCUUCCCUUCGUCCCCCACCAUUUGGUGCCAAAACCUUCCAUGCGGAACAGCAACGCCGUACAAGAUGACUGUGAAAGGGGGCGCUGAGAUCUGCUAAAGAUGAGUAGUGGCGGGGGGCACGCCACCCCCGAGCCCGCCAGGGGGCCCGAGUCCCACAAAAGGAAGGACUGCCCGUCAGACAUGCUCGGGCCCAGUCCCAAGCGGAGCACGGAGCGGCGAAACCGCGAGCAAGAGAACAAAUACAUCGAGGAGCUGGCCGAGCUCAUCUUCGCCAACAUCAACGACAUGGACGACCUCAACGUCAAGCCCGACAAGUGCGCCAUCCUCAAAGAGACGGUCAAGCAGAUCCGACGCAUCAAAGAGCAUGAAAAAGCUCCGGUGGCCGACGCGGAGGAGGUGCAGAAGGCCGACAUCUCUUCCACCGGGCACGGUGUCAUCGAUAAGGACACUCUGGGACCCAUGAUGCUGGAGGCUCUGGACGGCUUCUUCUUCGUGGUGAACAUGGAGGGCAACGUGGUGUUCGUGUCGGAGAACGUCAGCCAGUAUUUGCGCUAUCAGCAGGAGGAGCUGAUGAACACCAGCGUGUACAGCGUCCUGCACGUUGGCGACCACGCCGAGUUCGUCAAGAACCUGCUGCCCAAAAGCCUCGUCAAUCACCACGGCGGCGACCCAUCGAGCAGGAACAGCCACACGUUCACCUGCCGCAUGCUGGUCAAGCCGGCGGCGGACGGCGACGAGGACGCCUGGCAGGCGCCCGAUCAUCGGGAAGCCUCGCAGCAGAAGUACGAAACCAUGCAGUGCUUUACCGUCUCCGAGCCCAAGUCCAUGAGGGAGGAGGGCGAAGAUCUGCAGUCGUGUCUCAUCUGCGUAGCCAGAAGAGUUCCGGUAAAGGAGCGAGCAGCCAUGUCAUCGUACGAGAGCUUCACCACGCGCCAGGACCUUCAAGGUAAGAUCACGUCACUGGACACCAGCCUGUUGCGGGCAUCCAGGAAGCCGGGGUGGGAGGACCUGGUCCGUCGCUGCAUCCAGAGGUUCCACGUGCAAAAUGACGGCGACAUCUCCUUCGCCAAGAGCCACCAGCAAGACGUGUUGAGGAACGGCCACGCGCUUAGCCCCCUCUACCGAUUCUCGCUGUCCGAUGGUACUGUGGUGUCGGCGCACACCAAAAGCAAACUGGUCUGCUCACCCGCCACCAACGAGCCGCAGCUCUACCUGUCCCUGCACAUCCUGCAGAGGGAAAACAUGGGCACGAUACCUCUGGACAUGCCCACCAGCCUGGGCUUGUCUAAGCCCAGCGACUCCCUUGACGCCACAGUCACCCGGAACCACUUCGCCAUGUCUUCGUGUGGCUUCGCAAGCCGAGCUGCCACGCCACAGGCCAACGGCCACAAACCCAGCAGCCCCUCGGCCCAGGGAAGCCCCAGCGUCACGUCCGGGGGACAGGGGGCCAUUUUGUCCCCUCGCCAUCAUCACAGCCCCGGAAUGGAGCCUGGUUCGUUCUCACCUGGUGGUGGAGUCCAAUCCCCAGUAUCCAUCUGCGGUAGCUCAAACAACUGUGGUUUUAACCCACUGGGAUCCCUUCAGGCUCUCAGCCAGGGCCACACGACUUCCGAAUCCCCUGAUGGAAAACCAGCUGCCAUCAACAGCCCUCUUCCCAGCACCCAGGAAAAAGACCACCCUGACUUGGAAGCUGACUUGCUGGGAACUUUUGGGGAGCAUCAGGACUCGUCCCGAAAACAGGAGGGCGAGCCGGACCAGAAUAACGAUGAAGAUCCAGACAGCUCGGACGAGCCGGACCACCUUCUGAGCACCAAAGGCCAUACACAGCUUCUGCAGCUUCUCACCACCAAGCUGGAAUCCCCAGACCCCUGCUCAUCUCUCGGGGCCCUGGCGGACGAACAGUUGGCGGGCGUCGGUGCCUGUUUAGGGGUGGCGCACACCAACCACUCGGCAUCACUGAAGGAAAAACACAAAAUCCUGCACAGGCUGCUUCAGAACAGCAGCUCGCCGGUGGAGUUGGCCAAGCUCACCGCCGAGGCCACGGGGAAGGAGCCUGUCGGGGGCGAGUCGGCGGGUGAUGGUGGCGAAAACGCGUCCGCCCUAGCGGAGUUGGGUGUCAAGCAGGAGCCGGAGAGCCCCAAGAAGAAGGACAAUGUGCUGUUGCGCUACCUGCUGGACCGUGACGACAACGGCUUCCUCGACAAAGCCAUCGAGAUGGAGACAGGCGACGGUGCCAAGAUGGAUGCUAUCAAGACAGAGAAAGAGGACCCCGCUUUCAACAUGGCUGACCAGACCAGCGAGCUGGAGGAUCUUCUGGACGACCUGCAGGGCAGUGCCCAUCAUCAUCAUCAUCAGCAUCAACAACAUCAUCAUCAGUUGUUCCCCCGACCGCCGUCUCUAUCCAGAGGAGUUCCAGCCUCCUCCUCUUCAUCCUCCUCCUCUUCCUCCUCGGCGGCACCCCCCGGCUUCUCCGCGGACAAGCAGAACAUCGUCGGCGACAUCCUGCACAUGAUGGACGGCGCCCACGGGGACCACGGUAGCCCGCCCCCCCAGCACCGAGCCUUCCCUGCCAUCAGCCCUGCAGCUCCCGUAGGCGGCGCCAGGCCUGGCCAACCAGCUCGAGGGACGCCGCUCGGUAGGAGCCUAUCACAGGAUGGCAUCGCUGCCAGGCCCCUCGCCCCGCAGCACAGGAACAGUAACAACAUCAACAACCCCUAUUCGUUACUACAGCAGCAGCAGCAAGGCAUGAUGGGAAACCACGUGGCAGCAGCCAACAAUCACACGGGCAUGUUGGCCAGUGCCACGGGGCCGGGCCCCCUGCAGCCCGGCUGGGGCUCCCAGGGGCCCGCGGGAGGCCUCCUGGCGCCGUCCAUGGGCCAGGGAUUUCGGGCGGCUCGUGUGAUCCCCAACAUCCACGGUGCCGCUCCCACCAGGGGGGCGCCGCCAUCCCGACCUCUGGUCAACAUGCACAUGAUGGCAGUCGAGAUGGAGCUGCCUAACUCCGCUUACCCUCAGCAGCACCCACCACCUAAUCAGACGGCCCCUUGGCCAGACAGGAUGAUGAUGGACCACUAUGGAACCCAAAACAGGUCCCUGUACAGGGUCCCCCAGGAGGACGGGAUGGGGUGCUGCGGGGCGGCACCCGAGGGCCCGGUGGCGGACGAGGGGGCGCUCCUUAGCCAGCUGUGCUCUGUUCUCAAGGACUACGAGGGCCUGGAGGAACUCGACAAGAUGCUCGGGAUCCCCACGCUGGCCGGACAGGGUCCCGUGUCUGACCAGGAGCAGCUUUUCGGUCCGUCGGACCCGAUGGCGACCAUGAAGCCCCCCGUGUACAGUCAGCACUACGCCGCCCAGUCGGGCUACGGCGGCGGCGGCCUGCCCCCCGACGCCUCCUUCCUCUGCCCCUCCAUGGGCGGCGGCCACAUGGGGCAGCAGAGGGUGGCUGGCUACCCCCCCAUGAUGAGGAUGCCCGGGGCGCAGGGUCACCGGCCAAGCGGUAUCCGGCCCGCAGGGGCCAACCCCGCGCUGCCUCCGCAGCCCAACAACCUGAGGCUACAGCUGCAGCACAGACUGCAGGCGCAACUGAACCGUCAGCCAAUCAUGAACCAGAUGACUGGCGUGUCCAGUAUGAAUCUACCUCUCAGGUCCAACCUUCCCAACCAGGGCUCGUUCAACGCUCAGAUGUUGGCCCAGCGUCAGCGCGAGUAUCUCAGCAACCACCUGCGACAACGUCAACAACAACAACAACAACAUCAGCACGGAGCCAUGAUGGCUGCCAACAUGCCUCCCAACAUCGCUGCCGCGGGGGGCCCCUCCAUGAGCGGGUCCCAUCCGCGUCUGUCUCAAAGCAGCGCACAACACUUCACCUACGCAGCACCCAGCUACGGGAUGAGCCAGCAUCACCAUCAUCAAGACUCGGCAUCCAUGUUGGCCUGUUCUUCAGGGACGCCGCCCAGCGCCAUGUUGUCGCCCAGGAUGGCAGCGGCCCACAGCCAAAUGCAGGGAGGGGCGGCGCCCGCCUACCCCAUAGCCACCGCCGCCACCGGGGGCGCCGACCUCAACGCAUGGAUGCAGACGGCCAACAACGCGUACCAACAGCAGGCUCCGUUCUCCAGCGGCGGCAUGUACAACAACAACAACAACAACGUGAACAUCAACAUGAGCAGCAGAGGAGCAAACAUCAACAACAUGUCGGCGCACAUCAAUGCUAUGCACACGGAACAGGUGGGUGAUGGCAGUCUGAUCCUGGAUCAGCUGGCGGGAAUGGACAUGCUCACGCAAGAAGGAGACGUCAACUCUGUGAGUGAAACUCUUCCCGGCGAAAUCUCAUUGGCUUAUUUGCAACAUCCCGGAUCCUAGCUCCUCUGUUUAGAUGUCAGCGGCACCCAGCAGAAAUUCCAUCAAGGAGAAUGACAGACGAGCGAGGAGUGAUAAAUGUUUGCAGAAAUGAGAUGAUUGUUUCUCGAUGUCGUCGAACAAAAAACAAAACAAAAGAUGACCUAUUGGAUUGAAUUGAAUCCGUCCAUUUUUGGGACGUCGCUUCCCAGGAGCUAACAGACUUGAUCGUCGGUCCUUGAUGCGCAUAAGGCGCCAUGAGAAAAAGCAUUGAGGAUCGAGGAGCUAGGAACGUUGACAUCAACAGUAAUUAAAAUAAAACAAUAUGUUGUUGUUCACAUUUUUGCAUCUUUUCUAGAACUUUUGCUGACACAGUUGGACUUGUGACAAGUCGGAACGCUGCCUCACUCCUUUUCCCCAAAACAAAUCCCUUUAUUGAGUGUCGGAAGAGGAAACACUCAAAUCACCAAAAUACAAACAAACCUCAUAUUUCAAGUCCUUGGUGGUCCAGUACAAACGCUGGAAUACAUUUUGCUGACAGCUAGAUGCAACAAAAACAACAACAACAAUAUUGUAGCUUUCGUACUCUGUGAGCAAAACAUUUGUCGUCUUGUUUUGAUAUAUUUCAAUUUGAAAGCCUCACUGAAGCUGUCAUACACACUGAGGAGUAUUUUCUAGAUAUUUCUUCAUUUGAAGUAGCGAGAUAAAGGUUUAUCUUCGAUAUUGUUCCAAAUUGUACAUUUCAAAAUAUUCCAACUGCUGUUAUUUUUCAAUACAGGUUGAUGUAGAGUAAAUAGGAAAUAAUCUUGUUUAUUGCCUCAAGUGGUAUUAUAAUGCAGCGAUGUAGACUCCUUUGAAGCCAACAAACAAACGAUUCAACCUCAUUGCAUCGUCGGCCCGAAGCAAAAUUAUUUGAAUUAGGGGCCCUCUAUUUCUGCCAAUAAUAUUGCUUAUUGAUAAUUCAAGAGCAGACUGAGGUUGAUUUAUGCAACAUUCCAAGUAAUGAAGCACUAAAUGGGUUACUGAAUAUCAUAUAGAGUAGGCUUAUUUCAAGUCACAAAUAUAAACCAGUAUACUAUGCAUUUAUUUUUAAAGUUUCUCCUGGUUUUCAAUUUUGUUUGUUUUUUUUAAACGCAACUGCAACAUGCAAAAACUAUACACAUGAAUAUUAUGAUUAUUAUUAUUAUUAUUAUAUGAUGAGGAUUAUGAUUAUUAUUACAAUUAUUGCAGGUUUUUAUUUGGAAUCUUUGUUAUUCAGUGACACCCCUGCAUAUUGAUGUUUUUUGACUGAAUCCCCUGCUUAUUUGCAUUUAUAAAAAUAAAAUAAAAAAAGAUUUUUGCUAUUCACGGUCAGUUCCUUGCGGCGGUCCUGUAAUGAUAUAAUUGAAGAGAGGUACCCUAAACAUGGUGACAAAAACGUUUUUUUAAGAAAAGUAGAAUAAUUAGGUCAUCAAACUAUGUAAAAAUGUGCAAAAGUAUUAUUUUAAAAAUAAAGUAAAAUCCACCCUUAGCCAAACAUCCAACUUUUCCCACCUGCAUAUUUGCUGAUUUUUAUUUUUAUUUUUUUUCUCCAUUUGUAUUUUACAUCUUGGUGUCGAGGAACUAUGUUGUAGUGAGUUGAGGAGGUUCAUGUGGUGCUUUGCCCCCGUCUUGUGGCACGUGUAGCCAAUUUGAAACCUUUUUGUCAAUUUCUCACAGAUUUUCGCUCUUUGCUGCUGGGCUCGGUCCUAUCCUGCUCAAAUAGUGGGAGAAAAAUCUGUUCCGGUCAAUACUCCCGGUUGACUGUUAAUUACUUUUUGGGAGGCACCUAGUGGUCGCGGGGCCCUAAGUAGGUGCUUACGAAGUAUCGCAUGAAGUAUCGCAUUUGUAUGUAUUUCUAUAAAUUGACGGUACACGUUUUGACACCAAAUACAAAGCUAAUUUUGUCGUAUCAUCAGCCUUAACUGCCUUAGAUGCUAACGUUAGCAUGAAUGAAUUAGCAUUUUAAUCAAAGAGCAGCUUAAAGGGAUAAAAAUCAGGUUGCAAUGAAUACAUGAGAAAAAGAAAAACAACUGAGAUGAGUCUUAAAAUGACAAGACAAGUUUUAGCAUUUUUACCUCGCUGGCUAGUUAGCAAGCUACCACGCAAAUUAGCCACUGUGUACUGGAGUGGGCUAACUCCAUUUUGCAGGAGAAUGUUUUAAAAUUUUGAGUUACUGUCAUUAUCUUCAGUUUCAUAGGUGGGAUCUUGGUUGCCUGAAAGAAAAGAUACGACAAUAAUUUCCACACUUAACAUCGACAAUAAUGGAUUUGGCCCACUCUAGUUGCCAGUUGCCAGUUGCCAGUGGCUUGUAUAUGGGUGCUUUGUACAAAACGUUGAUCUUACAGAUAAACAACCAAAGGUAUUUGAAAUUUUCCAGAACUGGAACUUUUAAGAAUUGACAAAAUGUGUUUUAAGUUGACUUUUUGACGUUAUUUUGGUUUGAAUUAGCCCACUGUAGUGCUCAGAGGCUUAAUUUUGUUUGAGUGCUUUGCACAAAACAGCAAGAUCGAUGUCAGAUAAACAACCAAAGUCAUUUGGAAUUUUACACAACGGCAACGUUUGCGAAGCGACAAAAUGUGUUUGAAGUCGACUUUCCAACGAUAUUUGAGUCGUUUCCUUCUUCUUCUACUGAUGGUCCUAAAAUGAUUUAGCCUAAACUUGAAAGAAGACACACUGAAAUGAAUGAUUGAUUCUUCCUUGUGAAUGAUGGAGAAUUUGCUUUAGUUUUGGUCGUUUAAGCCCAAAGACGUGACGAGGAAAAGCCAUUCAAAUGUUCUGAAUGUCACUUUUCAGCCUCUCUCUGGCUGACAUAUUCAUACAUAUAUAUUAAUAUAUAGAGUAUAUUAUACUUACUUUUCUUACUUAAUAGACGGCUAUUUUUAUGGGUGCAGAAUACUGUGUGUUCCAUGCAAGUACCUUUCUUGAUAAUAAUGCCUUAGGAGUCCCAUUCAAUGUUAUCUUUUGUUUCAUGCGACAUUUAUGGAUGUUUUACUGCUCAACGGACGUCUUUUCUCUCCUAGAUGAUUUUAUAUCGUUUACGAUAUUAUUUCACCAAUUAACAUUUUAAAUAAUGAAUGUAAAAUCCAGAAUGAAAUAUUAGAUUAUACUUUCAAUUGUUUCCCCAUUUGAUUCUGAAGACUAGAGUUUAAAAUGUUGUUUCUUCUUUGGUUUGUGCAGCAGAAAGACAUUUAGUGUGUUUUUUCUUUUUAAGUUACAAGCUGUUAAAGAUGAUAAUAAUAUAAAUCUUUUAAUGUUGUCAGAAAGUUGAAUAAAGCUAAAACUGGAUGCAAAA